GCUGAAACGAUCAGCAAACCCCGCCCUCCCUCCCUCCCUCCGUGCGCAGAAAUGGAAGACAUUGAAGACUUGGUGGCGGUGGGAGGAGCUCCCCCCGGAUUCCGCCUCCCAUUGACGGCAGUCGGCGUGAACCUUAAGAAGAAGAAGAAGCAGAGCAGCAAGCUCAAUGGCUCCGUUGAUUCUACCAAGCUCUCCCCUUCUUCUAACAACAUCCCCGGCACACAGACGAUAUACGUCAAGACAUUCGGAUGCUCUCACAAUCAGAGUGACAGUGAAUAUAUGGCGGGUCAGCUUUCGGCAUUUGGUUAUUCCUUGACCGACACUCCAGAGGAGGCAGACUUAUGGUUGAUAAAUACGUGCACGGUCAAAUCACCAAGUCAGUCUGCCAUGGAAACUCUCAUAACAAAAGGGAAAGCUGCAAAGAGGCCUUUAGUGGUGGCGGGCUGUGUGCCUCAGGGAAGUCGGGAUUUAAAGGAGCUAGAAGGCGUGAGUAUAGUUGGUGUCCAACAGAUUGACAGGGUUGUUGAGGUUGUUGAAGAAACUCUAAAAGGACACGAGGUGCGGCUUCUAAACCGCAAGACUUUGCCAGCACUUGACCUCCCAAAGGUGAGGAAAAAUAAGUUUAUCGAGAUCCUCCCAAUAAAUGUCGGAUGCUUAGGUGCUUGCACAUAUUGCAAGACAAAGCAUGCACGUGGUCAUCUUGGGAGUUACAUGAUCGACAGUCUUGUAGGACGUGUAAAAACUGUCAUUGCCGAUGGAGUCAAAGAGAUAUGGUUAAGCAGUGAAGACACUGGAGCAUAUGGUCGUGACAUUGGUGUUAAUCUUCCAAUGUUACUGAAAGCCAUCGUUGCGGUACUUCCAACUGAUGGAAGCACGAUGCUUCGGGUUGGGAUGACCAAUCCACCUUAUAUUCUCGAGCAUUUGAAAGAGAUAGCAGAGGUUCUGAGUCAUCCCUGCGUCUACUCAUUUCUCCAUGUGCCAGUCCAGUCUGGUAGUGAUGCAAUUUUGACUGCAAUGAAUCGAGAGUACACUGUGGGCGAGUUUAGGACUGUUGUGGAUACCUUAACCGAACUUGUGCCUGGAAUGCAGAUUGCAACCGAUAUAAUCUGUGGAUUUCCUGGUGAAACUGAUGAAGAUUUUUCGAAAACCAUUAGCCUGAUUAAGGAAUACAAGUUUGCUCAGGUUCACAUCUCACAGUUCUACCCUCGGCCAGGGACACCUGCUGCAAGGAUGAAAAAGGUGCCUAGUAAUGUCGUGAAGAAUCGGAGCCGCGAACUGACUUCCAUUUUUGAAGCUUUCACACCUUACUCUGGAAUGGAGGGCAAAGUUGAAAGAAUAUGGAUAACUGAAGUUGCAACAGAUGGAAUUCAUUUGGUUGGCCAUACAAAAGGUUACAUUCAAGUACUCGUGGUUGCUCCUGACAGUAUGCUCGGUAGUUCUGCCAUUGUUAGGAUAACAUCAGUGGGAAGGUGGUCCGUUUUUGGGGAAGUGAUUGAGACUUUGACCCAGUCAGACGCACAGAGUUCCCCAAUCAAGAAACCAUCAUUGAAGGGUGAAACUUCUCCCUUCGACAGUCCCUGUGGUUCCAAUUCGUGUUCAAGGGAGGCAGACUCCUGUGCCUGUGAAGGAGAAAGUUGUGGACAGAAGGUACCAGAAGAAGAAAGUAUUGCUUCGAGAAAGGAUGUAUUAUUGGAGGAGAGAAGCAGCAGAUAUCUGAUCAGUUGGGUUUUGAAGAAGCGGAGGAGCCAAGUGAAAGACCGGGUCGAGAAUGGAAUUGGUUUGGGCAAUGUUGUAAAGCAGGAUUCACGCUGGAAAGGGAAGGAAUGGGGUAGCGUUGAUAGGGCUCUUUUGGGUGGUAUUCUAUUGAGUUUCUUAACCGUUGUAGCUGUACUAGUUCAUCUUGGAAUUACGGCUUCUGCACGAGCUUAGAGGAACUCCAUUUUGCUUCCUCAUUCGGUUUUUGUACUUGCCUUCAUUCUCUGUUGCUAAAAGAAUUGUUGAAGGGAUUACAUUUCUCGAGGUCAAUGGGUGUAUUUUGACAUAAGCUACAAUAGAUUGAUCCUUGCUUUGCCUCA